AUGGUUUAUCUCACAAGCCUCAUUGCCUUUUUGGCCAGCACUGCUUUAGUUUCUGCAGCUCCAGGUUCUGCCCCAGCAGCUCUCGAUGCGCGUGCUGAUUGUACGUUUACCACCGCCGCUACUGCUCAAGCCUCAAAGACCAGCUGCACUACUAUCAUCUUGAACGGUAUUGUGGUUCCAGCUGGAACCACUCUUGAUUUGACUGGCCUCAAAACCGGUACAAAAGUUAUCUUCCAAGGAACUACCACCUUUGGCUACUCUGAGUGGGAAGGCCCUCUUGUUUCCAUCUCCGGACAAGAUAUUGUUGUCACCGGUGCAUCCGGAAAUAAGCUUGACGGUGGCGGAGCCAGAUGGUGGGAUGGACUUGGCUCUAAUGUUUCUGCCGGAAAAGGCAAAGUUAAGCCAAAGUUCUUCUACGCUCACAAAUUGACUGGAUCUUCCAGUAUUACUGGUUUGAAUUUCCUCAAUGCACCCGUUCAGUGCAUUUCUAUUAGUCAAUCUGUCGGAUUGUCGCUUGUCAAUAUUAACAUUGAUAACUCUGCUGGAGAUGCCAACGACCUUGGUCACAAUACUGAUGCUUUUGACAUCAAUUUGAGUCAAAACAUUUACAUUUCCGGAGCAAUUGUAAAGAACCAAGAUGAUUGUGUUGCUGUUAACUCUGGCACUAACAUCACUUUCACCGGUGGAAACUGCUCUGGUGGCCAUGGUCUCUCUGUUGGUUCCGUCGGUGGACGAUCCGGCACUGGAGCCAACGAUGUCAAGGAUGUGCGAUUCCUCUCUUCUACCGUUCAAAAAUCAACCAAUGGCGUUCGAGUUAAGACUGUCAGCGGUGCCACAGGUACUGUCUCCGGCGUCACUUUCCAGGACAUCACUCUCGUCGGCAUCACCGGCGUUGGUGUUGAUGUUCAACAGGACUAUGAAAAUGGCAGCCCUACUGGAACACCAACUGGCAAGGUUCCAAUCACUGGAUUAACUGUAAGCAAUGUUCACGGUACUGUUACUGGUGGCCAGAAUAUUUAUAUUCUUUGUGCAAACUGUUCAGGCUGGACAUGGAAUAAGGUUGCUGUUACAGGUGGAACUACCAAGAAGGCUUGUGCCGGUAUUCCUUCAGGAGCUUCUUGCUAA